AUUCAUACUAUAACAAAAACAAAAAGGACUAAUUCAUUUUUCGUUUUUUUGCCAAAAAAAGUGUAGAAGGCAUCUAUUAUUAUUACAUUAAAUGGACGAAGAAUUAGCCUAUAAGAUUAUUGUGCUCGGGAGUGUAAGCGUAGGAAAAAGCAACAUCACAUGUCGGUUCUGUGAUAAUAAGUUUUACUCCGACAUAGUCCCCACGCUAGGCAUGGACUUCAAAUACACCACCUGUGAGACGUUAGAGACGAAGCCGCGGUCGGUGAGACUUCAAAUAUGGGAUACCUCCGGGCAGGAUCAGUUUGUAACCCUCACAACAGCCUUCUACCGCAAUUGUCAAGGAGCCAUGAUGUGCUUCGAUCUUUCCAAUCGCGCCUCCUUUGAGGAUCUCGAAACCUGGUACAACCUAGUGAAGCAAAACUGCGCCAAACUGCCGCUUUUGAUUCUUGUAGGCUGCAAGCUGGAUCUAGUGCAGAGCAAAUUAGGCAACUCGCAACAGGGCAUUGUCCUAGGCAGUAAUCGACAGGUCAGCAAGAGCGAAGGGGAUGCGUGGGCGCGGUUGCACAAUUGCCUCUGUUACAUUGAAACAAGCGCGAAGGAGAACACAAAUGUGACGCAGGCCUUUCAACAUCUAGUGACUUUCAUGGCGAAGGACAGCAAAUUGUAUCAAAAGAAUACAUCUCGUAAUCUGAGUGGUGGGGGUGGGAUGAGCUUGAAAAACAAGAAAGGUGCCAGAGAGGAUCGCGGCUCUGGUAAGAAAAAUUGUUGCAAUUGAGACCAAAACCCCUUCCCUACGAUUUCAGAGGAGGAGGGAUAGAGGAAAGGGAUGAAAAAUAGGGAGAAGCUUAGUUAAUUCUAUUCCUUCGACUGUUUUAAUAUAUAACAAUAUACAACCAAGGUGGUGUUUGCGAGGAUUGGAAGAAAUGUAGUAUUUAUACUUUAUGAGCGUUCUACUCCGUUGAUAGUGACUUCUUUUAUUAAAAGCAUUAUCGAUAUAUUUUCCUUUACUUUGUGUUCGAUUAUUUGACAUGUGAGUAACUUAUAAGGGAAACAAUUAUUUUCUGAAAUUAAGAUUUAAUCUACAUGUUUACUUACUUCUGCUUGUUAGACUAACUACCCUUUCUUCAAUGUGUAAU